AUAAAAUGCAAACUAUAUUUAUUUAUAUUUAAUUUAUAAAGCUAGAAUUUAAGUUAAAAGUUAACACAAUGGCCCGUAUUACAUGGCGCACAAGCUCUACUCAAAAUCUAGUCUCCAAAUUUCGGCUACGCUGGAGCUAUAUGAUGCAUUGUUGGCAUUCGCUCACGUUCAAUGCCCACAUGAACUCCAGCUAUGCUACGGAUGUGUGUAUGACGCCCAUCUUCUGGAUUGUGGAUAAUUAUACCCACUGCUUGGGCCCGUUCUUUGUCGUAGGCACUGCUGUCUUAACCACUGCCGUAGUGUCCAUCGCCUAUUGGAUUGGUCUGCCCUUUUGGUGGGCCAAGAGCCAAGCAGCCACCAUAGUGUUGCUCAUCAUAGGCAAUUGGCUGCUGCUGAACAUAAUUUUCCACUAUGUAAUGGGUGUGAUUACACCAGCUGGCCAGCCACCCGAGGGUGUCUCUCAUGUGGAGGCUGUGAGCAUGUGCAGCAAAUGCAUCUCACCGAAGCCGCCACGCACGCAUCACUGCUCCGUGUGCAAUCGCUGCAUAUUGAAAAUGGAUCAUCAUUGUCCCUGGCUUAAUAACUGCGUUGGCUACGCCAAUCAUCGCUACUUCUUUCUCUAUAUGGUCUACACUACACUCGGUUGUCUGUUCCUGAUUGUGGCUGGCGUGGAGAUUGGCUACAAAUAUCUGUGGCUCGAUCACAGCGAGCACUGGACAGAGCUGGAACCGCUCGAAGGGCAUCCAGUGAAAUUUAAUCAGAGUGGACAUGUUAUAGCAGUUACUCAUCCAAAUGAAUAUGAUGAUAUUUUGCUGCCGCCGGCUGUGCAUCAUUUGCCCACACCUAUGGCCGACUCGCCAGACGCCACACCCACACGACGUCGCGUCCUCUGGUUUAUGGCCGUGGUCAACGUGGCGGUGGUCAUUGCCCUGGGCAGCCUUUCCAUCUGGCAUGCGAAACUAAUCACGCGCGGCGAGACAAGCAUCGAGGCGCACAUUAACGAGGCUGAGCGCAAACGUUUUCUACAACUCAAACGAGUCUACAUAAAUCCCUACAAUUUCGGCACCAAAAAGAACUGGAAACUGUUUCUGGGCCUUGUGCGUGGCAGAUCGUUUUGGCGCACCGUGCUGCUGCCCUCAUGGCACAAACCGGAGGGCAAUGGUCUAAGCUUUCACACUGUGCACGACGCACCCUUCGAGGACGAGUGGCCGUAGUCCGUGGCCUGCGUUUGAGUGCGCAGGAUCUGAAGCUUUUGUGAUGUCAAAUUAGAGAAAUGUAAAUUAUAAUUUAUAGCUUUAAGUCUGACAAUUCCAUAAA